AUGAAGAGAGAUCUCCAUCAGUUUCAAGGUCCUCCUGAUACUAGAUUCCCCAACCACGGGACAGCGAACACCGGUUCCUCUUCUAAAGACAAGAUGAUGAUGGUCAAGGAAGAAGAAGACGGCGGAAACAUGGAUGAGCUUCUCGCUGUGUUGGGUUACAAGGUGAGGUCGUCCGAGAUGGCCGAGGUUGCGUUGAAGCUAGAGCAGUUAGAGACCAUGAUGGGUAACGUUCAAGAAGACGGUUUAUCCAAUCUCGCGACGGAUACUGUUCACUACAACCCGUCGGAGCUCUACUCGUGGCUUGAUAACAUGCUCACGGAGUUUAACCCGCCGCCGCCGGAGAUAAACAACUCGUUUCUCGCCGGAGCUGGUGGUUCCGAUUACGACCUCAAAGCCAUUCCUGGAAACGCGAUUUACGCGAGAUCCGACCAGUUCGCGAUAGAUUCUUCCUCCUCGUCGAACCAAGCUGGUGAUAACAGUCAGAGCACCAAGCGUCUUAAGUCAUGCUCGAGCCCUGAUUCGUUGGUUACAGGAACAACGGUAACAACCACAACCACUGAGUCAACUCGGUCUGUAGGCCUCGCAGCUGAGUCAACUCGGUCCAUGGUCCUGGUGGACUCGCAAGAGAACGGUGUGCGUCUGGUCCACGCGCUCAUGGCCUGCGCGGAAGCAAUCCAGAACAACGAUUUGUCCAUAGCGGAAGCUCUGGUGAAGCAGAUUGGAUUCUUGGCCGUGUCUCAAGCCGGAGCCAUGAGGAAAGUGGCGACGUACUUCGCCGAAGCCCUCGCGCGGCGGAUCUACCGCCUCUCUCCGCCGCAGACUCAGAUCGAUCACUCUCUCUCCGACACGCUCCAGAUGCACUUCUACGAGACGUGCCCUUACCUCAAGUUCGCUCACUUCACGGCCAACCAAGCCAUCCUCGAGGCUUUCGAAGGGAAGAAGAGAGUCCACGUCAUCGACUUCUCCAUGAAUCAAGGCCUGCAAUGGCCGGCGCUUAUGCAAGCCCUUGCGUUGAGAGAAGGUGGUCCUCCUGUUUUCCGGUUAACCGGGAUUGGUCCUCCGGCGGCGGAUAACUCCGACCAUCUCCAUGAGGUUGGGUGUAAGUUAGCUCAGCUCGCGGAAGCGAUUCACGUGGAGUUUGAGUAUCGUGGCUUCGUGGCUAAUAGCUUGGCCGAUCUCGAUGCUUCGAUGCUUGAGCUUAGACCGAGUGAGAUCGAAGCUGUGGCGGUUAACUCUGUUUUCGAGCUACACAAGCUCCUUGGCCGUACCGGUGGGAUAGAGAAAGUUCUCGGCGUGGUGAAACAGAUUAAACCGGUGAUUUUCACGGUGGUUGAGCAAGAAUCGAGUCAUAACGGUCCGGAUUUCUUAGACCGGUUUACUGAAUCGCUGCAUUACUAUUCGACGUUGUUUGAUUCCUUGGAAGGUGUUCCCAGUAGCCAAGACAAGGUUAUGUCGGAAGUUUACUUAGGGAAACAGAUUUGCAAUCUCGUGGCUUGUGAAGGACCAGACCGGGUGGAGAGACACGAGACGCUGAGUCAAUGGGCUAACCGGUUCGGUACGUCCGGUUUUGCGCCGGCACAUCUCGGGUCUAACGCGUUUAAGCAAGCGAGUAUGCUUUUGGCUUUGUUUAACGGCGGCGAAGGUUAUCGUGUGGAGGAGAAUAAUGGGUGCUUGAUGUUGGGUUGGCAUACUCGGCCGCUGAUAACAACCUCCGCUUGGAAGCUCUCGGCGGCGCACUGA